GCCGGUAUCUUUCCUGAAAAGGCGCCUUGCGGGACCAGCCGAAUGCAUGCUCCUCACUCGAGUGUGUACCGGCGUCCGGCUUGGUGCACUCCCUCGACGCACCCAUCAUGUUCUCCUCGUUCUUCUCCACAUCCGCACCAGUCGACCCGAAGGCGCCCAAUUUCCACCCUGUCAGUACAGGGAAGAGCGCAUCGGAGCUCUUCGGUGAACUUGAGCCAAAGGACACGGAGUGGACGUGCCCGGGAGGCUUUUCUGUCGAGACGCAAAUAUGGUACCAGAUCCUGGAUGAUGGGUCGCACUUGAUGUGUCAAAUUAUUCACUCUGCGGUUGGCGUGUGGUACCCUACUGUCCAGUUCACCUGCAAGCUGUACAAUCCGAAGACGAAGCAGCGCAUCUGGAAGUCCAUAAAUGUCGGCAACUUCGUCACCCCACCGCCGGGGCUCGACAAACGCUCAAGCAAAGCCGAUCAAUUCAGCAUUACGCACAAAGACCACCCAGGAGACGAAUUCGCAGAGUCCUAUGCCGUUCGGGUCAACCUCUCAGACGACCUACAGAUCUCCCUCGACGUUCGUCGUCCUGCGUCUGCUCCAGGCUGGAAGGUUGGCAAGGGCCCCAAGGGCGGCUUCUCGUACUUCGGGCAUGACGUCGCGAAUCCUGAGGGAUACGUUAUCCAUAAGAUCUGGCCGCUGACCGCCACCACGGGGACCAUCAUCCGCAGCGGGCGCGCAGAAUCUGUGAAAGGCCCCGGUAUGUUCGUGCACGCGAUCCAGGGCAUGCGUCCCAACCUCGUAGCCGCGCGCUGGAACUUCGGCCACUUCGUCAGCGAGGCGCACGGCGGGUGCAGCGCCAUCCAAAUGGAGUUCACCACCAUCGACACGUACGGGCGCCAGGGGGCGGGCUCCGGCUUCGUCGCGGUCAACGUCGGCUCGCUCGUGCUCGGAGGCAAGCUUGUAGCCGUCACGGCGGAGACCAAAUACCCCGACGAGCCUCUGUCAGAGACAGCGGAGGUAAAGUCGCGUGCAGUCCAUACGAAGACGGCGCACGAUGCGGACACUGGCUACAACGCACCGACGGAGCUGACCUUCCGAUGGGCAGCGCCAUCCAUCCUGCCCGAUGUACAGGGCAACAUCGACGCUACGCUCGUCCUCGAUGUCGGCCAACCCAGUGCAUACAAUGGCCUCGUGGAGAAGGUGGACGUGCUGGCGGAGAUCCCAGCCGUAAUCAAGACGAUGAUUGCCUACGCCGCGGGCACCAAGCCAUACAUUUACCAGUGGUUCAACCCUGGCAAGCUCUCUGUUACUGUCCCUAGUGGACUGAUCCCAGACGUGUCUGGCGCGGUAGAGAUCGAAGGUGUUUUCUACGCUGAGGCGACCUUCAUCUCUUAGACACGACGAAAGGCUACGAUUGCAUGUAUUGGCGGCCGUGAACGACAGUAUCUCACCAGACGUAGAUUGUGACACCCAUGUAUCAUAUCCGUUAUAACGAAGUACUCAAGGAAUGGAUCGUCUGAAUCAAGAUUCUGUAUUAUACAGUCUACUGAUGAGCCUGCGAUUAGUGUUACAUAUGUCCUCCCGCAAAGCAGAACUCGAUGAAUUUCCA